AUGUUUUCUAGUAAAAUACGGUUUUUUAAAAUCACCGUCCAGCCAUCAUUUGUGUUCAGAACGUACAGAAAUGUGAAGGCGAAACCUAACAGACAGGUAAAGAACGACAAUGUCAAAGGCAACCCUGGGGGCAAUCGUAUGUUGGCCAUGGUCCUGGAUGGAGAAUCUCCAGACGUAUCUGACGUGGCAUUUGAAGACCUCGAAGAUGGCGAUAAUGAUAUGCUGGAUUCGCAUUUGUUAUAUGAUCAGCACAUGAAGGAAAUGAAUAAACAAAAACAAUUUAAAUCAUUUCAGAACAUUAAACGAAAGUAUUUCAAAAGUAAUAUAGUACAGCCUAAUUUUUUAACAUACUUUGAAAAACAACAAAUAAAAAAUUUACAUGAUAAAUCGCCCAAAGAAUGGACUCCUCAAACAUUAUCAACAUGCUUCCCAGCAUCACCAGAAGUUAUUGUUAAAAUAUUGAAAUCUAAAUGGAUAUCGGAUGAAGGUCAAAAAAUAUUAAGGCAUGAUAAAUUGGUGCAGCAAAAUUGGGAACGUUUUCGUAAUGGACAGUUUAAAGAUAUUUUAUCUGAUGAUCUAAAAAAUCAUUUAGGAAAAUUUUCAGAACGACGACCUACUUUAAUUACACCAGAGCAAGCCGAAGCUCAUAUUCCUAAACUAGCUGCAGAUUAUUUAAAGCCCCAGGAAUUUGGACAAAUUAUAACUAGUUACCUUGGUGAACCCACCAAUCCAAUUGAUGAACCAAUUCAAAUUGAAACUAAAGAUAAACCAAACAUUGAGUUGAUUUAUGAAAAUGACACAACAACUAAAAGCAGUAAGAGACAUUUCACAUUAGACGAAUUCAAAAGUGAUUCUCGAAAAGAAUCUACACCACGGACAUUGCCAACAAAUGAUAAAAGUGUAGACGUAGAAAAAUUUGAAGCUAGUUUACAAGAGAAUACAAGUGUAGUUUCACGCAAAGAAGUUUCUGCAUUUAUUGAUACAAUAAACGAUUAUCCACUUGCUAUUCGAAUACCUAAAAAAGUUUGGAAAGAAGGAUAUAUUUAUAGAGUCAAUGAUUGUUUUUAUGAUGAUAAUGGAGACUUUUUAUAUAGAGUUCCAGGUUUAAUUAAAGAUGAAGAUAGACAACAAAAGCAAUAA